AUGUCAGCAGUUCAAAAUUUUUCGAUUACCACCGCUACGCCAAAUUCAGGUUCAUUCAUGACUGUGAAUUCUGCAAAUCAAUUUAACACAGAGGCUGCUUUUCAAUAUCACAUCAUCUCCUCCCUGCGUCAAGCUCAGGAAUACCACGAAUUUCUGUAUACUGACGUGCCUCGAUCCUGGGGAGAGGUUAUCUUGCAGGUUAUCGACGAGAAGAUUUCAUCCCGACAUGUUCAAUACGAAUUCGAAUCAUGCCAACUUUGA